AUGGAGUCGGUACUCCAUAUUAGCAAGUGUUCCGAAGACUGUAAGGUGGAGUAUGCAACAUGCCAACUUCAGGGAAGAGCCCUAACUUGGUGGAACAUACAAGUUCAAACCCGUGGUCGCCAAGCUGCCUAUGAAUUAACAUGGGAAGAACUCAAAAAGUUGCUUAUCGAAGAGUAUUGUUCUAAGAGAGAAAUUCAGAAAUUGGAAGUCGAAUUCUGGAAUCACACCAUGAUUGGAAUAGAGAUAGACAAAUACACAGCUCGUUUUCAUGAGCUUGCMAAGUUAGUACCUCAUAUGGUCACUCCAGAGGAGAAACGAAUUGAUCGGUAUAUUUGGGGAUUGGCACCUGAAAUCCGAGGGAUGGUCACGUCGGCAAACCCAACCACUAUACAAAACGCGGUGGUUUUGGCAAACCGUCUGACAAAUGAUGCAGUUAGAUCAGGGAUUUUAAAGCAAAACAAAUUUGGUGGAAAGAAGAAACUAGAGGAGCAAUCGUGGAAAAGGACCAACAACAAUUUAGGCAAGAACCAAAGAGUGGUGAAGAAUUUUGGAGUAAAGGCUCAGGAACUAAAGCUGUAUAGUCGGCCACUUCUGAAAUACAGCAAAUGUAAUUAUUACCAUGUAGGGGCCUGUCCCACAUGUGGCAAAUGUAAUCGGUUGGGUCAUAUUGCCAAGUUCAGUAGAGAGGAAAAGGAAAUCAAGGAURGAAUAAGGGCAUGCUAUGAGUGUGGAAGUCAGGAUCACUUCAGGAAUAAGUGCCCAAGGAUGAUUAGAGGAUCGAGCAUCAACAAUGCCGGGAACCAGGAAAGGCAAACCAGUCAGGGAAAUCAAGGAGGCCAGGCUCGGGGAAGGGCAUUUGCAAUAGGAGCCGAAGAGGCACGUUAA